UAUUCUUUAAUUCUUCUCCUUCUUUGCAGUUUCCUUAAAACCAAAUCUCACCAUAAAAAACUCCUACUUUAUUGACCUCACUUCCAACCCAAUAUGCCACUUUUACUAAAGUGUUCAACUAUAUAAAGUUUUCAUUCGUAGGUGACUUGAAUGCAGGCAUAUGCAAGCAAGUAACUAACUGGAAAGGAAUUUGUGUUAUCCAGGAAGAAAUAGAUCCAGAAAAAAGGAACCUCGGAAGCCUGAACAGAACAUCACUCACAUGGAGGCUUCGCUAUAUAAUGCAGCAGCAGAAGGAAACAUUGAAGUAUUCAAUAAUAAACAGGGGCUUCAACUUGAGUCGCUAAAGACCCCAAACCAAGACAACGUGCUCCAUGUUAACUUGGCAACCGAGGAGACUGUCAAAUUCUCAAUAAUCAAAAUCUUCUCCGUAGGAUUUGUACCAGCCUAUCCGUUUUUGAAUUUAUUCGUUACUAUGAUAAAAAGAGAAAAAAAAUCAGAUUUUAUCGAACAAAUUCUCAGCAAGUGUCCGUCACUGCUAUUCCAAACGAAUGCUAAAGGUCAAACUCCUUUGCACGUUGCAGCAAGGUAUGGACAUUCUGCUAUUGUGAAACUUCUAAUCAAGUCCUGCGCAAAAGCUAUAGAUGGAGAUUUAGAGCUGGGAAUGGAUCAAGUAAGUGCAGUCAGGGAGAUGCUGAGGAUUACGGAUCAGGAAUCCAACACGGCUUUACAUGAAGCAGCAGGGUGUGGCAAUGUUGAAGUGGUGAAAGCAUUGUUGGAGUUUGAAGUCCCUGAUUUUCCGUAUUCUGCCAAUAAAAAACAGGAGACUCCACUUUAUAUUGCAGCUAAGAGAGGAGACGGCGGCGUGCUGAGUGUAAUAUUAGAUAAAUCAAAAUCAGCAGCUCAUGGCGGCCCCCACGGUAGAACAGCUUUGCAUGCAGCAGCUAUGGCUGGAGAUGCAGAGGCAAUAAGGAUAAUAUUAGAGAAGAAGGGGAAUUUGACAAAGGAAAGAGAUGAAGAUGGACACACCCCUCUUCAUUAUGCUGCACACUUGGGUUCUAGAUUAUCAGUUGUGGAAGAACUGUUAAAAAGGGAUGUGUCAGCUGCCUAUAUAGGUGAUAAAAAGAGGGGGAUGACACCCCUUCUUAUGGCAGCCAGGGAAGGUAAUGGUGGAACAAGGGCAAAGAUUCUCUCUUUAUGUCCAGAUUGUUGCGAAAAAGUGGACAAUAAAGGUUUGAAUUUACUUCAUUAUACGGCUUUUAAAGACUGUCUUCCCAUCAGGGAGUUCUGUUUUUAAGCGUGGUGGUGUUGAGAUUGUAUAUGGAUCAGUUAGAAAUCUAACGGAGUUGGAAGGUGCCUGUAAAA